GUCGUCAGCCGCAUGAUGGCGCUGUUUGCAUUUGGCCCACCUCCUCCCGGGCUCUUCCGGGACGUCGUCGGCCGUGUGAGAGUUCACGGGGCAUGCGGAGGUCGCCUGCUGGUUUCGUUUCGAUCUCCCACCUUCACUAGCCCCGGGGCCGGGGGUGUGAUGGCCUUCCUGGGUCUGUUCGUGAGGAGGCAGCUGCCGCAGGUGGUGUCUCACCUCGCCCGGGUCGUGGAGCCGCUCCGGCCUCCCCGCGCCGGAGCUCCGCUGCGGAGGCUGCACGGCUCGGCCCCGCGGCGGCACGCGGAGCAGGGGCCGUGGGGGAAGAGCCGGGGGCCCGGGCCGCAGCCGCAGCCCACAGACCUCGACAAGGCGGACGCUCUGAUGCUGAGAAAGUCCCACGAAACAGGAUUCCUCUCGUGGUUCAGGAAUGGUCUGCUGGCGACUGGGAUCGGAGUCAUCUCGUUUGUCCAGAGUGAAAUGGGCCGAGAGGCCGGAUAUGCCUUCUUCAUCCUGGGAGGCGUGUGUGUGUCGUACGGCGGCGCCUCCUACAUGGUCAGCCUAUUCGCCCUGCGGAGGAUGAUGCUGCUGUCUGUGCCAGCGCUGCUGCUCCAGGGGGCCGCGGUGGGCAGCGUCGCCCUCUUCUGGCUCUGUGCGGUAUCCCUCUACAUUGGCCGCCUGGAGGUGGAGAUCAUCCACGACGACGAGGAGGGGGAGGAUGAAGACGAGUGCCGUGAGUGCCGCGAUAGGCGGGAACUCCGCCGCUAUCGGGGCUCCAACAGCAGUGAGGACAGAGACGGCAAGGGGCCGACGAAGUAGAGAAGUGUGUGUGUGUGAGAAUGGCGUGUGUCUGUGCGUGCAUGAGUUUAUAGUUGCAGUACAAACCUAUUGUCAAUUGUAAUAUUGAUGUAUAGAUUAUUGAUUAAGAUUAAGACUUUUUGGAUCCUUUGGGAAUCUAGUUCAGCUAAAAUUGUUGAAAAACAACAACACUCACUUCUGGUGAAGAAAGCAAUUUUUUGUAAUAUUUCUUAUAAUCCCCAUUCAUUCAAAGCUGCUUCCGUGCGAUAUCAAUCUGAAAAUUGUCUUUCUUUCUAAAUAUUUGACAUCUUCCCAUUCACAGGCUCAUUUGCUCUGUGGACAUUAUGAAUGUUGAAGUUUACUUUUCAGGGCACCGUGUCUUCUCAGGCCGUCGUUGCUGGAUUCUGUUUGUCUUACCCUGUUCAACAUAAUUAACUGUGAUCGACUACUUGGAGUCUGCAUCAAAGUCUGGAAAAAAAAUGCUGGAAAAAUGGAUGUGCAUGUGUCAGGGUUUUUUUUAAAAUUGCAAAUUAAUGAGGGCUUUAUUUUUACAGAGGUUUAAAUUUUCCUGUGAAGUAAAUUAUUUUGAUUUGUAAGGACAACACUUUCAUCAGUUUUGUUUUUUUUGUUUAGGAACUUAAAUAAUUGAGCUUUGGAGUGUUUGUUUUUUUUACAUCUUUUUUCUGUGGUUAUAUAUUUUGCUCGGUAUUGUUAAUAUACAUACCUCAAUGUGACCAUCAUCCAUUUGACCGUUUUUGAGUAAAUUUCACACUGGUCGCUGUUAUUGCUGUUUUAAUGAUUUGAAGAACAGCUGAUGUUAUUGAUUUUGUGUGCGUGUAGGGAAAUGGGGUUCACUAUUGUAUGCUUUCAUUUUGUGUGCACCGCAGUCCGUGCACACUACUGUAAAUACAGUAAUAAAGACCGAUCAAAUCUGUGCUGAUGCAGCCAUGGAAACUUCA